CAGACAAUGACAUUCACAAAGCGCUGUACGUGGAAAACAGGGCUCGGUCGCUGCUUUAUUGGAGCCAAAAUGGCUGUUUAAAUAUUCAGCAAGCUUCAGGAAUAUAUGGAUUUGUAAAGUAAGUUGUUUUAAAGCGAGAGUCGGCGGAGGAAGCCCCUCUGGUAGUCUGUGGGAGGGGCGACACCAGCCCGACCGCAGUCAGUCAGUCAGUCAGUCGUUGGGUGCUGAAGCUGACCGGAGCAUCACCGAGAUCUCUCUCAUCUUUUUGAGGGGGGGUGGAUUUAUCCAUCUGGAUGCCACUUUGCUCCACGACCCGCCCUGCUUGUUGCUGAUGGAAACAGACAUCCGCAAAAAUGUGCGCGAAUGUGUUCGGAGUUUUGAAAAGCCUGUUUGGGAAGCCCUUUGAUGGUGGGAAGAGGAUGGACCAUGGCGGUCCACAGCAGCAGCAGCAACAUCCGAUGGAGCAGCAGCAGCAGCAGCCGUAUCACCCGCAGCACCCUGCUAUGAUGCGGCUGUAUGAGGUCCAGAAGGAGGUGGCGUCUCUAGGGCCUCAGGUCUGCACCUUCAGCGGCAUGCAGAAUGAUCGAGAAUACAAACGUCUGGAGCGUGAGCUGACGCGGCUGCUGCUGGAGGUGGACCAGGUGGACACGGAGGGCAAACCGGAGCUGCAGGGGGCACGAAAGAGAGCAGCACAGGAGGUGGAGGGCCUCCUGCGCUACCUGGAGGAGAACGCCACACAUCCAUCCCGCUUGGCCAUCGAGGAGCUGAGCAACGAGGCGCGGCAGCUGGUGGACGAACGCGUGGUGGCACCUCAACGAUCCGGUGGGGUGGCUGAAAUUAGCGAUGAGCUGGUGGAUGCUCUCCAAGAGCUCAUUCUCAGGCUCACCCAAGUCAAGACCGAAGGGAGGGUGCCGCUCCGCAAGGCGCGCUAUCGGGCACUGACACGCCUGUGCGCCGUGCAGGACGUGAUCGAAGGGCGCACGCAGCAGCAGACGCUCUCCCUGCCGCUGUCGGGAGACACCCACGAGGCCGUGAACCGCAUCAACCAGGUGAUGGUAAAGGUGAGCGUGGCGCGCAGUCAGCUGGUGGCUCUGCUGAUGGGUCUGAGCGGGAGGGACAGCUGCGCCCACCUAUCACGGAUCCUGACGGAGAUGCAGGUGGAGCUGGACGCACUGGAUGUUUCCGGAAACGCUGCGAUCAGAAACUACAGGAAACAGGUGGUGGAGGAGAUAAAUGGGCUGCUGAAACAUCUGGACCUGGAGGGGGAGGGAGACGACACACGCAGGUACGACCUGGCGCAGAACAACUCCAUCCGUGAAAUCGAGGCUGUGCGAGCUCACGUCUCCCACCUGCGAGAGGGCGUCCUGCGGCACUGCGUGAUGGGGGAUCUGAGCUUCAGGCCCAAAGCCGAGCUGCAGAGCCUCCUCACUCAUCUGGACCAGGUGGACACGGCCAAGAACCCGUGCAUCAGAGAGGCCCGCCGCCGUGCCGUGGUAGAGGUCCAAGCCAUCAUCACCUUCCUGGACCUCCGUGAGGCCCUGGCCCGCCGCCAGCCGGGCCCCAACGAGCACCCUUCGCACCGGGCCGUGUGGCUAGUCCUGGGGAGCCUCUCGGACCUCCAGGCCCAGGUGCUGGGCUUUGACGGCAAGCGGGUCGACAAGAGCUACAUGAUGCUGGAGGAGCUGCUGACCAAACAGCUGCUGACGCUAGACGCCGUGGACCCGCAGGGCGACGAGAUGACCAAGAUGGCGCGGAAGCAGGCGGUAAAGUUCGCCCAGAACAUUCUCAACUACCUGGACAUGAAGACAGACCAGUGGGAGUAUUGAUCCACUUUAAAAAAAAAAAGAAAGACAUCACAGUGUGGUAGCCGUGUUGCCGGGCGGGGACACCGAUGUGACGUCGCUGCAGUAAAGGAGCUGAUAAUGUGUGUAAAUAAAAACCUGGUACGUUAUCAUUCCAUGGGCUGUAAAUAUAGACUCAAAUCCCCAGAAUGCACUGCAGCAGCGCUUUUCUUUCGUCUCUUUGUGGUAGUUGUGGCCGAUCCUGCUGAGAAGAACACAGAACUCCUUUUGUGAAACACACUUUGGAUUUUUUUUUUGUGCUUUUUGAACAUUUUCUUUUGAAAUCUCCCGUGUGUGUGUGUGUGUGUGUGUGUGUGUGUGCGCGCGUGCGUGCGUGCGUGCGUGCGUGCGUGCGUGCGUGCGU